AUGGACUUCUUUACGCCCGAUUUCCUCUCGCAGGUUGCGGAGGGCUUCUCUUCAACGAAAUAUCUGGCUAUUUCUUCAUUCGUUCUGCUUAUUUAUGAUCACUUAACGUGCUUGGACCAGGAGUUUGAGUUUUUCUGGGGAGGAGAAUGGUCGCUGACUAGGAUCCUCUACUUCAUGCGUCCAAUUAACUUGUGCGUUAUUUGCUUCCGUCGUCGUGCAAAACGUGUUGAAAUGGCAUCUUUAGAUGUCUUUACGCCGGUUCUACCUCUCGAUUUGUACGUUUCUUUCUCAGGCGCCUCUGCCAAGACUUGCAAUGCGGCAAUCAAGACGUCGACAUCGUUUCUGGUGUUUGGCAUGGUCGUUGUUGAAGCGAUUCUGACGACGCGAGUGUACUUCCUUUGGACACACAAUCGUCCCGUGCAGUUUCUGGUCUGCGGCAUCUUUGUCGUGUGUUCUUGUAUCGCCAUAGGCUUCGCGGGGAAGGCUAUACACGAACUCGAAGCGAUGGAGUUUCCCAUUACCUGGAACCAACCAGGUUGUGUUAAUUUUGGGAACGGUCCCUACUGGCCGAUUUUUGUUCCCACGUUCAUUAUCCAAACUGUACUCUUCGCUGCGACGGUCUUCCGCAUCUUGCGUCCUAUGACGGCUGGCACGGAUAGGACCGUGGUGAAUCGACUUCUACGCGAUGGAGGUAUCUUCUACUGUGCCGUGCUUGGUGAGAAUAACACGUCGCAUCUUUGGGAGGUCCCGCUAAAGCAGCCUUUAGUCUCCGUUGGCUUCACAGGGAUCGGGAGCAUAAUGCUGACUCAUCCGAAGAUAGCUAUGCCUGCUCUGAUUUCCAAUUUCCUACUGGCAACCCACUCAAUUUGCGCUUCACGGCUCAUUCUCAGCAUUCAUUCGUUAGCGGCAGACAUGGGUAGUGACCCAACUUUCCUCCUAAGCAACAUCGAGAUCAGCCGAAUUGCAUGGCGUCCAGGAAAGAACGAGAACGAGCUCAUCGUUGACCUAGGGAACCGAGAUAUCUCCUGUCCCAGUACGCCACUUGAGGUUAUUCACUUGGCUUCUCUCCCAAAGGGUAAGGAGGAUAACAGUUCAUCAAGACCUGGGACGAGCGGCUCUGCUGGUUUACAUUCAACACGCAUCGGGAUGGUGCAUCGGAACGAUUCUUAUGUGGACCUUGCGACACGAACUUAUGUUGUGAGUCAACCGCAUAGUUGA